AUGGGGCAAUACAAGGAAGAGAUACGAUGCUCUACGACAACGGGGUCUAAAGAAUCAGAAUCAACAUCGACAGUGACUAUCCGCGGAGACACUCAUCCCACACAGAAGCCUUGGUUCAACGUGCCGCGAAACAUUGUCGCCAAAACAUCAAGGCGUCUCCAUCUCCAGAAUGACCACCCAAUCGCCAUCACGCGGCAGAUCAUCCAGGCCAACUUCCCGCGGCCAACGUACAAGUACUACAACGAAUACAGCCCCGUGGUGACGACAAAGCAGAACUUUGACUCGCUGGGAUUCCCGGCGGAUCACCCUGGACGGGCUCUCACCGACACGUACUAUCUCAACGAGAAGCUGCUGUUGAGGACACACACCAGCGCGCAUCAGGCGGAUACCUUUAGGGCGAACGAGAGCGACGGCUACCUCAUCUCGGCGGACGUGUAUCGACGAGACGCCAUUGACCGAAGCCACUACCCAAUCUUCCAUCAGAUGGAGGGCGCGCGGUCAUGGGAUCGCAACAAGGUGUCCGACGGAGACAUUGCGGCGGCGGUCGUGGAGGAUAUUGAGCGUCUGCCCAAGCACGACGUGGUGGUGGAGGAUCCCAACCCGCCCAUGCAUCCUGAGCGAAACCCACUGCAGGAGGCUCAUCACUCGGCGGCGGAGGCUGAGGCGCUCGGCAAGCACCUGAAGCGGUCACUGGAAAACAUGGUGGUCGACAUCUUCACUAGAGCAAAGGCGGCGGCCAUCAAGGACGACCCGGAUUUUGUGGAUGAGCCCCUGAGGAUGCGGUGGGUGGAGGCAUACUUUCCCUUUACCAGCCCGUCGUGGGAGCUCGAGGUGUAUUACGCUGGCGACUGGCUCGAGGUGCUGGGCUGCGGCGUGGUCAAGCAGGAGCUCUACAUCAAUGCCAACGUGCCAUCGCAGGUGGGCUGGGCCUUUGGCAUCGGCAUCGACCGCAUCGCCAUGCUGCUGUUCAAGAUUCCGGACAUCCGGCUCUUCUGGUCCGAGGACGAGCGAUUCCUGUCGCAGUUUGCGGGCGUCUCGGCCAGCCUGGACACGCUAAAGCCCUUUGUGCCCUUCUCCAAGCACCCGCCCAGCCCCCGCGACGUGUCGUUUUGGAUCCGCUCGACGUCGCCGGCGGGCGGCAACGACAAGGCCGUCUUUCACGAGAACGACGUGAUGGAGCUGGUCCGCAGCAUCGGGGGCGAUGAGGUCGAGAGCGUGAGCCUCAUUGACGAGUUUGUCCACCCCAAGACGGGGCGCAAGAGCGUGGCGUACCGCAUCGUCUACCGCCAUCUGGAGCGCACGCUGACGGGCACCGAGACGAACGCCAUUCACGAGAGGGUGAGGAAAGCCUUGGUGGACAGACUCGGUGUCGAACUACGGUGA